AUGGAGGACAGGAAGAGGCCUGCCGUUGGCAGCGCCGACGAUCUCGCACCGCCGAGCAAGAGGGUCGCUGUCAAUGGAUCCAAGCCCAAGGACGACGCCCCUGAGAUGAAGGAGGAGAGCUGGAUUGAAGUAUACACAAAGGGUGCCAUUUACCGCCAAAUGCAAGAAUAUAGUCGCAGAGCCGCAACUGCAGAAUCGCGAUUGGAAGAAGUACACAAACGAGCCGUGCACCAUGACGACCAUAUAAGAAUAAUUGAUGCCUGGUGGCAGCAAGUUCUUGACGAAAUUGAGCUGCUAGCCGACGCUUCGAUCCCGACAAAGAAACUGGACGGCCCGCCGUUUCUAAGUAGUGUUUCUUUCAAGGACUUACAACAUUUCCAAAGCCAUUUACAAGAGAAGGGAAAAGCCAUCAAAACCAAGACAGAAAAUCUCCUUCAGCGGGUUGCCGCACUCCGAGGGGAAGUUAAGCCAGAGAUAACAGCUUUGGAAGGGAAAAUAACGGGGCUUCACGCCGCGCAAAAGGAAUACCUUCUCAAGUUGGACCGACUCAAUAGCGAAAAGGAUACCCUUUCAGAGCAGCUAAACACUGCUACAUUACGAUAUUUCAAGGCCGAGAAGAAACUGGACCGCGCCAAGAGCUCACAGGUGCAAAAGUUGGAACAACAGGCAUUCGCGAAUGCCACACGACCACCAUCGGCCACCAAAGAGGGUUCAGAAGAGCCAGCACCUUCAAAUGGAGCUGGCGCAGAGCUACUUCUAAAAUAUGAGGAAACGGCUGCUGCGGCUUCCAAGCAGAAGGAGCAAUUGGACAACUUGUUAGGAGAGAUACGAACGUUACGAGACGAGAACUCGACAAUGAAGGCUAAACGCGAAUCCUGCUCAGACGAGGACUUUAUCAGGACGGACGUUUUCAAGCAGUUCAAAGGUCAAAACGAGGAGCUGAUCAAACGCCUCAACAACCUAGAGGCCACAAACAAGCAGCUUCGAGAAGAGGCCGAAAAGCUGCAGUCUGAGCGAACGACAUUUCGGACACAGCUUGAAGCCGAGGCUAGCCAAGUCGCUUCAGAACUGGAAGCGGACAUUGCGGCCAGAGAUCAAGACCUUGCGCGUGUUCGAUCUACGCGAGAUGAAAUUUUAGCCGAGAAUACGCAACGGAAAGCCAGUAUGGAGCAAGAGAGGCUGUCUCUGGAGCACAUGAAGGAUCUUGUGUCUGCCAAGGAGGACCGAAUUUCUGCUCUGGAGUCGGAGAUUGCGAGAUUAAAACCAUCUGCUGACGAGAAAACUACGACGGACCUUUCUACAUUGACUGAGGAUGAACUUCGCCAAAAGUUUAAGAAAUUGGAGAAGGAUUUCCAGGCCAUCAAUCAUGAAUUGCCGUCGAUAGAAAAGGCCUUCAAGAAGAUGAGGGAUUUGGGACAACAGAGGGUCAUGGAUUUUGCUGGCCUGGAGGAGAAAAUACAGCUACUGAUGGCUGAAAAGAACAAGGCCGAUCAAAAGUAUUUUGCGGCACGCAAAGAUGCUGAUACGCGAAAUAACGAGAUCCGAUCCUUGCGCCAUCAAAACAGCAAAAGCGCCGAGAUUAUUGCCCAAUUAAAGGAUCUAGAGACGCAAAAUCGCACAUUGCUUGGCAAUUUGGAAAAGCAAAUGGGUGACCUCAGACUAACAAACGCCACUCUAGCUCUGGACAACAAGAAGAUGGAGUCUGCCACCCAGGAUGGAACGCGCCGAGUCGAAUCCUUGACCAAGCAAAUUGCCGACCUCUCAAACUUGACCAAGUCCAGAGACUCGGCGUUGGCUGUUAUAAAGGAGAGGAAUAUUCUGCAAGAGGCCGAAGUAGAGAAGCUCAAGGUGCGAAUCGAGCACGCGCAAAAGGACCGGGACAACUGGCGAAGCAAGGCCUUGAGCAACUCGUCGGAAGAGGAGGAGAUGUUGCGAACAUAUGCUCUGUGCACCAUCUGCCGAAACAACUUUAAGAACACAGCACUCAAGACGUGCGGCCACCUCUUUUGCAGCAAGUGUGUGGAAGAUCGCAUUAGCAACCGCAUGCGCAAGUGUCCUACCUGCUCGCGCGCGUUUGACAAAAUGGACGUCAUGCCCGUACACCACUAA